AAAAAAAUUUGUGUAAACGUACCGCAAGUGAAAAGUAUCUGCAACAUCAUAAUUAUAAACACUAACAACAAGUUUAUGACGAUUGUUCAAUUUUGGGUGAAAAAUGAGUUUCUCCGAGAAACAGGAUGGUGUUUCUAAAGAUGAAUGGAUCGCAAAACUCGAGGAAGGUUCACAUAUACAAAGAACAUCAAUGAAUAAUUUAAUUAUGAAUUAUUUAGUUACUGAAGGAUUUAAAGAAGCAGCGGAAAAAUUUCAACAAGAAUCUGGCGUUGGUCCAACAGUUGAAUUAAAUUCAAUGGAUGACAGAAUUCGAAUUCGUGAUGCAAUUCAAAAUGGAAGAAUUCAAGAAGCUACAGAUUUGGUUAAUCAAUUACAUCCAGAAUUAUUGGACAAUGAUAGAUAUCUUUAUUUUCAUCUUCAACAAUUACAUCUCAUUGAAUUGAUACGCACUGGUCGUAUUGAGGAAGCUUUACAAUUUGCCCAGGAACAAUUAAGUGAAGCUGGUGAAUCAGAUAAUAAUAUAUUAAGCGAAUUAGAGAGAACAUUGGCUCUAUUGGCAUUUGAUGAACCACACAAAAGUCCUUUCAGUGAUUUAUUGCAUCCAACUCAUAGACAAAAGAUCGCAAGCGAAUUGAAUGCAGCUAUAUUAAAAACCGAGCACAGAGAACUAACAAGUCCAAGACUGAAUAAUUUAUUAAAACUUAUUUUAUGGGCUCAGGAUGAAUUGGAUAAAAAGAAAAUAAAAUAUCCAAAAAUGACUGAUUUGGGUAAUGCAAGCAUAGAGAGUCCAAAAUAAAAAAAUAAAAAACAA